GUUCUAUGCGCAAGCGCCUGCGUCCGCCAUUAUAGCGAAUAUUUCAGAAUAGGAAGUUGGGACGUUGCAGAAAUACCUUUUAAUCUGUCAUGGUUUUGCUCUCAUCUAAUGGUAUACACUAGACUGGAAAGCGACAUGCUUUUACUAUUUCGGUGUAACAGAUGUCUGCUCUAAGAGAAUGGCAACCAUUGAACCAAACAUUAAUGUAACAUUGUUUCAAGAGCUGAAGAAGAAGUACCCAGAAAUCCCGGAUUAUGUCGUCACAAGUAAGAUGCAACAGCAUAAAAAUGACAGAGCCAAAUGCAUAGAAGUGCUGGAUGGUGAAAAUGACAAUUAUUUAUUUGGGCCAACUCCAACUCACACCUCGUACCAAGAGAUCCAGAUAGCUCCAGCUUCAGAAGGCAGGAAGAGAAGUGACUCGGGAUCUAGUGGUGUCAGCAGCACAAGUACUUGUAGCAUGUCUAGUUCUUCAUCCGUUCCGUACACAAACCCUAACGGAGGUAAAACUUACCCAGGUUAUUCAGGUGAGGCUGUAAGGCCUCAGUCAUUUCAAACUGGUAACUUGGAGCAGUUUGUUCAACCAUCUAGGAAUAUUCCGACUAUUCCGUGUGAUAUGUAUGGGGGUCGUAUUCCCAUGGGACACAAUUACCCUCAGGUGCCGAAUCCACCGUCUUCAAGUCCAUCGCCCCAGAGGCAGAUUCAGGUACACCACAUGCCUAGUGGUCCUCAAGGCCCACCCCCUGCUAUUAUUUCGCGGCCUUCACCUCAGUGCAUUGAAAUUCAAAUAAGUCCACGAGUUUCGCAGCAAGACCAGUACAGACAAAACUUGCCUGUGUAUCAGAGACCACAAAACUCCUACCAAACGUGGGGGAGAUCUAAUACCGGGAAUGUGAAUAAUUAUAAUUCAGCACCCGGAUACAACAGUUUGGACCGCCAAAACCUAAAGGCACGUCGACCGGUGCCCCCUGUGCCAACUUCACAAAAUGACUCUCCUGGUGUAACUCUUCAGUUUGCAUCACCUUCAAAGCAGUAUAACAACUCGCCAACAACCCCCCAGCAGGAAAAACACUCAUCACAAAAGACAAUUUUCCUGCAGCCAGCCCCAGCUACGCCAGACCGAACACAUAAUACUGCCGGAGACUUUGGCUUACAUCAAUCGCCCAGUGACUCGAACUUGCCCCCAACGUAUCCUCCUGUGCCGCAGGGGGACCCAGUUUCGGGGGGACUUAAUAAUCAACAUAGUGCAAAUUUCCCACACCGAUCUCCCAUAUAUGUAAGACUUGAUGAAACAGAAUUGAAUAACCCUGGUUCGCCUCAUUUCAACACUUAUUUGCCAUCGGAUAAUCCAGUUCAUAUGAAUGGUCAGUAUCUGAAUAUCAAAUAUGGAGAACCGGUACUAAAUCUAGGUGGUGCCGUCAAUCCGCCUUCGUAUCCAUUGUACCAAGUGAGUGGUGGUGCUAGUGAUUCAGAGCAAAUGUUCGGACACCCAUAUCUCUCAAAUCAUGGGAACCGGUGUGUAAUUCCUGGGCAUUCCCCAAUGUAUGGUAGGACUCCUAGCUCCGACAGUGACCGUAGGUCUAAUCCUACUCCCCCUAUAGACAUAGAGGAGAGACACAUGGCAAACCCUCAUGUAAUGUUCCCUCCCGUUAGCAUUGGAGGAGUGACGGAGCCCACGAGAGUGGACAGAACAAGGACGUCAUCCGCAGAUGGACAAGAGGAGGCCGAUUAUACGAGAGCACUUUUGAAAUUUCAAAGAGAAAAAAUGGAGAAUCUUAAGCAGGACUUGGAAUCAGAACUUCGCAAACUGAUAAAAACGAGGUCAGAAGUCAAACAGAUGGAAAAUAACAUGCUGGAGAGGAAGAAAAACAAAAGUUACUACAACCAGCAACCUUUGGAGGAUGUUACCCGGUUAAGGGAGAUAAAUCGACGUCUUCAGGCAGACAUUCAGGUGAUGACGAGGGAGAUUGACAUGUAUAACAAUGGUCAAACUCCACUUGGUGUGUUAGAUCCUUUAGAACAGCAGAAUUUUUUUAAGAACAUGAACACCGGUCCCCAAGGAUCCAUCUAUUCCAGACCGCCCCCUCAGACUCCCUCACGAGAAACUCCACCCCCUAUUCCGCCACGGACGCCAAUCACCGCUCCUGCCACAGCCUUGGUGCCCCCAGCCCCACCCCCUCAACCCCUGCAGGACUCGGAUGGUGAUGGGGAACCAUGGAAUUGCUCAGCCUGUACAUUUCUGAACCAUCCAGCUCUGAAUAAAUGUGAAUGUUGUGAAAUGCCUAGAAUGAAUGCUUCUCCACCUGCCACAGGUAUUAUUCGACACGUGUGUACGUCCGAUUCAUGUUACUGUCACAAUAGAUGAUGAUAUAAGUAUAUAUUGACCUUCACAUGCUUCAGUUUUUGUCCAAUCCUAUUGAGAAAAGGAAUUGGUGGUUUGACUUGUUAAAUGAUUUAAUCAUCUCGUCAAUGGAGAUGAUGGAGGGAUUUCGAGAGCUAACAGGAAUAUGCAAAUUCACUAAGUGAACUUUCCCUAUGAAAUUUCUCUAUAGUAGUGUAUGAAAGGAUUAUUAUGGUAUUCAUUACAAGUGCUGAAUUGUGAUACUGGCAAGGAAUCAAAAUUCCUGGUAAAGAUUUUUGGAGCAAAAAUUUAUUACUUAAAGUAAUUCUCAUGAGUUGUGUUGUUAACAAAAUUGACUCUGGAUUUGUAUAGCCUUCAGAAGAAUUCAGCUUUUAUACUGAUUUUCAAACUAGUUUCUUGAUGUAAAUUUAAAAUAGAAGGUUCAAGUAUUGAAGGGACUUUCAUGAUUCGUUUUUACUUGUUUACUGCAUACGGGGGAAAUUUUGUCCUCGUUUUAUUUUCGUCCCUAUCCUAAAUUUGUGAAACAAACUGAAAGUGAACUAGUUUUUUUUUCUAAAAUAGCAAGAAUCAACUUUGGGCAAAUUUGAAUUUAGGCAAAUAAUUUCCAUGCGUAUGGUGGAAAAUAACAGGAAGCAAAAAUUUCCCUUGUAAGUGGUAUCUCAUUGUAAUUCAAAAAGUUUAUGUUCUUUCAUUGAUAUAAUUGGUCCAAGUUUUAUUCAACUUUUCUUAGGGGAUAUUAAAUGUCAGAUGUGAAUGAUGCAAGGUCCUUUAAUAGAAAAAAAACCCAUGACAAAUGGAGGAUAUUUUUCUACAUUGUGAUAAAGCUACUUGUCGAUAUUUAAGAACUUGGUAUAGCAGUUUUGGAUUCAGAAUACGCAUGUACAGUGUUCACAUUUUGUGUAAAUAAUUUCGUAGUUUGAAUAAAAUAUCAUCAAACUGAGAACCGUUUUUGUCAUUCAAACUUCUAGAAAAGGAAGCAAUUUGAAAUCCAUUAAUAAAUAAAGGGAUUAAAUAGCAUGUUCUGGCUCUCAAUUCACUCUGCUUAAGGUAGAUUAAUGUCUGUACAAGUUUUCUUUACUUUUGCAUGUUCAAUAGAAAGGACUGUAUGACUUUUGAAUUUCUAGAAUAUACUCUUAGUCGCACAAUUUGAUUUUGCAUGUGACAUUUACCUUUAUUGUAUGAUUGAAUAAUUCUAAGCUUUCCGAUUGGCCAAUUUCCAACAACCUAGGAAAAAUAGAAUGUUUUGUUCACCUGCACGUGUCUGAGGGAGAUGACAAUAUCAUUUGAUUUCCCCAGCAGUAGUCCAAAAGUAAAUUGGGAAUUUUCAAAAAUUUGUACAAUUGAUAAUUAUUUGUCUGCCACUGAAAACUUACAUCUCUUCUUACUUUCAACUGUCUUGCAUAUCUUAUGAUUGUAAAGAAGGGGUGACACGAAGUGGAGUUACAAUUGUUAAUUAUAGUAACAACAAACCCGAUCUAAAGUGACCGGUCAGGUGAUGACCAGUCAGGUGACCGUGUCGUUUGGCUAAUUCUACAUGUUUUAGUAGCCAGUUUUAAUGUUUUAUAAAAUUACUUCGUCAUUUAAUAAACAAAAACCUUGCAUCUCAAAUCUUGCUUAGGUCUUGCUGUCUAGCUGCAAACAAAAAUGGCCAACCAAGUAUCAUUUUGUGGGCUGAAAUAGUUGUUUUAGAUUAUUCAAUCAAAUAAUAAAACAAAUGACAUUUCUUAGUGAAUAUUGUACUUCUUGGGUAGCUAAAGCAUAGUAUUACUGUAUAUUAGCCACUGCAUACCAGGAAGUUUCUAGGCUAUUUUAAGCUGACAAAACAUGAUGAAUGCUUUUACCCGUGGAAGUGAUGCUAAGAUAGGUAUAAUUUAGCAGUCUUCCUGAUAUGCACAGUACCAGGUACUGAUCUGAAUUAUUUUCAUACUUAUAACUGUUUUACAGUGUAUAUUUCAUCAGUCCAGUAGGUUUCAUCCAUCAUGUCCAUAUGAUUUCGCAUGUAUUUUAUUAUUUUCUCUCUGCUUGCUUUUUCCAGGGAGUCCUUCCUGAAUAAAAUGAGAGUGAUUAGCUAGCUUUUCCUUGACACUUUAUAUAAAGCGACUUCUCUUCCAACUUCAACAUUGGACUGGCCUUCUUUGAAGAAAAAAAAAAAUGAAUUGUAAAACUGAAUUUAACUUCACAUGCUCAAUUUUUUUAAUUUCUAUUUUCAGUAUUUUAUCAGGUUUUUUACAUAUGUUCAGGUUUGAGCAUGAUACGGAAUUUUAGAUUUUAUUAUGUAUUUACUGUCAUUUGUAACAUCUUAAACGUGAUUUUUAAAAAAAAAAAAUUAGACCAUUAUGUUUUUAAAGAUUGGUAUUUUAAACUGCUUUACAUGAGUAUUUUGCAGUGUAACUGGCUCGACAGCAGCUCUUGUUUAGUUUUUUUAUUGUGCUGUACAUAUUGAAGGCUUACGGUUUAUUUUCAUUUCCCAGUAUGGGCCAACUGCCAAGUUUAGGCUAUUUUUUUUUAAUACAUUACAAUUACAACAGGUCAAGUACAGUUUGAACACUUCAGUAAAAUCAACUUGCACAAGACAGGCAAUUCUUUUAUUAUAUUAUAUAUAUUUUUUUGUUUUAAAAGUUGAGAUUUUUCUUCCUUUUUGUCCUUGCGUAAAGUUUAACUUAUUCAAAAUCUAUUUUAUUUCAUUCAGAGGUACAGAUUGUGUAGAUGGUACUGUCAGAAUACUUUGUUGUCAGAUGUGUAUCAUCAACCUACACGUAACAUGCUAAAUGAAGCUACAAGUUAUUUCAGAUUAAAGUAAAGGUCACUAAACUUGAGUCCAUAUGAACAGUGCAAGCCAUUUCCAGUUUAAAACAGUUAUUGUAUUCAAAUUAACAUCCCCUUUAAAGAAAUUCAAUCUACUAUAUAAGUCAGCUCCAAGUUUAACUUUUGAGAAACCAGCAAUAAUUUCAAAGGUGAUGAAUAUCAUUUAUCUUCUUUAUAUAUUAGGAAGAAAUAAGGUGAUUUGGGGGUAAGGAAAAAAAUCACUAGAAUGAGCUAUACUAUUCCUUUAAGCUACACGUAUUUCUUAUUUUUCAUAUAAGAGCAAAAUUUGUUUGCCCCUUUGAUAAAAAAAAUCAUCACAAAUAUACCAGUUUCUUUUUGCAUAAUAUGAUUAAUGUUUACAUUGAUAUAUUCAGUAUCGACUGCUGAUCAUAAUAUGAUUAAUGUUUACAUUGAUAUAUUCAAUAUUGACUGCUGAUCACUCCCAUCAUUAAGAUUUUAAUUUAAAAAAUCCAUAAAAAGAACUAGAUUAUUGUGUGCAUUGUUCUGCAUUAGAUUUAUUUCCAUUUACUCAGAAUUCCUGUACGGUAUUGAUCUUACUCUUUGAACCCUGCAUGUAUCGUUUUUAAUGAUAAAAUUCUUACUUUGAUGAAAAUUACUGGCAUUUGUUAGAAGAUUUCUGAGACAUCCCCAUUCUUCUAAUUAAGAAAAUGCAAUCUUUCGAGAUUCUUGUCAUGGGUACCUAUGUAAUACCAACCUACUUAAUCCAAUGUUAAAGAUACCUACUCCCGUAAUCCAUGUUUUUUUCCCCCUUAGCAUGCAAGACGCAGGUUGGGGCAGGUUUGAGCGAAUAUUUAAGAUAUUUAUACUGCUAUAUAUUUUUUCCUCUUUUCUUACUGUGAGUCACGAUUCUUUUAUUUUCUCUUUGGUUCUUCUGUACAUGAAAGUAUUGGUUAUUACAAUGUAAACAAUUGUAACCAUUUGCACAGUGCAUGCAAGUUUGUCAUAGACAAUUUCAGUUUAUUUAGAGUGCACGGGAAGUUUCUGUGAUAAUAGAUCAUGCUUAAAAAAGGGGUCAUUUUCUGUAUUGAAGUACAUGAUUCCUUUAUUUAGAUGUAACAAAAUACCCAGGUAUUGAAAGGUACAAGUGACUACAAGAUGUUCUCUUUCUUCAUUAAAGAAGUGGCAUAAUUUUCACACAGCCAGUCUAGUCAGAUUACAACAUUGAUUUCUUAAUUUUUGUUUUACGGAGAAAAACUUUAAAAUAAAAGUUGUUUCACAUUUCAUUAGUCGUAUGAACUUUUUUAACAAUCAACAUAUUUUUGUAGUCAUUUGGUAAAGGUACAAGCUGAACAAUGUUCAAUUCAAAAUAGUUCUUGCCUUUGAUAUCUUUACAAAUUGUAAUAAUAGCCAUUUCUUCAAGUUUUAAACAAUGCAUGUGCAAAUACAGAACGACUUGUUUAAUACAGUGCAUCUAUUUUAACAGCUGGGAAUUCUGACAGCAAUGAAAGUAGAGAAUCAAUUUCAUUUUUGAAAAUGAAUGAGGGUAUGAACUGCAAUUCUUCACGUCGGCAUGCUUCAUGUAAAGUAUGCUGGCAAGAAUCAGGUAUUUUCAAAAAUGAAGUUUGUUUCGUAGGUGAAUGAUGAAUUUUUUUCUUCUUAAAAAUUCUUAGGAAAGUCACGACUUUUUACUCACAGGCUUGCUACUAUUCUCUCCUAGUUGAUUAGAAUGAAUGUUUUUGAAGAUGUUGCCGGAUACAAUUGUGGAGAAUACAGUAUAUAUAGUGAUAAUAAUGGUAUGAUAGUGAUAAUAAUGGUAUGACAGUGAUAGGAUACACAUGUAAAGGCAGUCAAAAAUCUGCACUUCAUAAUAAUAUAUUGUUGUUCACAUUUCAUAUAUUUAUUAUAUAUAUGAAAAAAUAUUGAAUAAAUGAAAAUUGUUACAACUAUGAU